CUCAUUCGUAUUCCCCAUUCGGUGCGGACAACACCAAAACUUUAGCUAGACUCAAAUUUUUUGCGGCACACGCUUUAGCUCCAUGUUCGUUAGCUUUUCAAACAAAAUUUCCGAAAACGAAAAAACAAACUUCAGCUCUUAAGUUUCACAGCUGAAAAUAAUAACAGGCGAGACCAACCAGACCAACGAGACUCCAGCAAUUACAGAAAUGUGCGGCGGUUGGGCGUGUGCUUCAUAUGCGAUUGCCUGCAACACUCAUCGUUUGUCCAAUGUGCGGUAUACGGGCCGCUGCUUUGCGCCCACGCCCUGCGGCAUCUGUGACAAUUGCUCCGCAUGUGGCUGUGGCGGCGGCUGCUGCGGUGGCGGUUGCUGCGGUGGUUGCGGCUGGUAACAAAUGUACAGGCUAACGCCAGAACUAACAUGGACGGCUAGCCGCCAACUGAUAACUGGAUGCUGUGAAAAUUUGAAGAAAGCUGGCCUUGAAUUUAUUGGAAUAUGAUUCAAGUCGACAAAAUGUUGUCAGGCCUACAAAAAUGAGCAGUCUGGUCUUGUGUUGUGAGCCGAACGCUCACCUCAAAAUUUUUAAGUUUCAAGA